UCCAUAUCCAUAAACUUAAACUUAUAGCUCUCACUCUAUCGACCCUAUUGCUUUUCCUUUCCGCUUAUUUUUAAUAAUUUUCAUCCUCACAUUUGUGUCUUUCUAUUCCUUUUUGCCCUCUGUCAUUGAAUGCCACCCUUCCUUUUUAUCUCCUCCUAUCACUCCCACCGUCUCCCCAUCACUGGGAGCAAGUCUCGGAGGCUCUCUUGCUUGCGGCUACAGUCAAUGUUCCCUCAUCAUUGAAAGUGACAGGGCUGGGUUCCUCUGAUGUUUCAGGGAACAAAGACACAGCAGAGUGGAUCAACUAAUGGGAGUGAAAGUGACUCAGAGUAGGGCUGUGGCUCGGUGACUCUCCAUGUUUGUGCUUCACAUUCAUUAGUAUUUGGUCCGUCGAGGCGUUGCACCUGGGGUACCUCACAGUGCUGUACCAUCUAUUAGACUCAUUCACAUCCAUGCGAACAAAAAAAUGCACAUGUAAAAGCAUGUGAUAUCCCCAUACACACUUAUACACACUCUCGCAUGAGCAGACUGGAAAAUACCCUAACCUGCAUUACAUAACGACCUAUUUUUUCCCACCGUGUUUAGAUGAUGUGACCUAAAUUACAUUGCAGUUCUUUGUAGGUGUGUUCUUUUUUGGAUGCUCUGCCUCUCUGCUUUUAAAAACCUCAAAAAAGAAGCUCGUUCGUGCCAACACUAUUCCAGCGUUGGUCUUAUUGUGUCACUGGAAUACACAGAGCGACAAUGUUAAUGCAGUAGUCACACUAAUACUGACAUUUAGCCUUCCUUCAAAUUGCCAUUUUUGUCGAGUUUGUCUCAAACACUCUUUAUCAGUAACAGUAGGAGUGCUCAAAUAUUACAAUUAAUUAAAUGUGACCGUUUCAGGGUGCUCUUGGUGUUCACUGCUACAUUUUUAAGGAUUUCACUGAGUUUUAAAAGAGUAGAGCAAUCGAUAUUGCCAUUGGCAAGGUUUUUGUUAAAUUUGAGAAGAAACACGAAGAAUCACUCGAUAAUGCUGGUUUUCCUCAGGUUUUUUUUUUUACAUGCCCGCCAGAAUCACUGACUCUGUGAAGUAAUGUGAGGCUGUGAAUGUUUGAUCUCUGAGUUGAUGAAGGUUUCUUAAGAAGCGCAGAGUGGUUCGCGAAUUUCACACGGAACAAGCUGUGUAAUGAAUUAGACGUGGCCAAGCCAAGUAGUCUGGUUUCAUGAUGCAAGGUGUCCUCAUCUCCUCCCCAGAAGACUGUUGGCGUUAGGCCCUUGAUGAGGAUGAUGAAAGAUUGUGAAAUAGUGGUCUGGCUGCUGGCUGAUGUUCUGUAAUGAUUAUUAAAUAUCCUGCAUGUAGACCUGAUGCAGGAAAGAACAACACCUUAACAUAUAAUCCAGCUUCACUGUGAGCUGUUAUCCUUAAACAAAAUGUGCCUAUAAUGUUUUUUUUAUUUAGAGAUGCCCUAGAUUCCAGGGCUCUUCAUUAUUUUUAAAUGGGGAGACUCAGUGCGUUUCAGUUUCACAAUGGUGACACAAGAGGUGGCAUCUCCACCUCAUAAAAACGAAGACAUUUUUUAUUUUAGUGCUGGACUUGUCUAACAGCAGCACAGUAAAAGAACAGAAAACCCUCUGUCAUGCGUUGGGAUGGGUUUAUUUUUACCAGGCGUUGUGUUUAAUAGCAACAUAAAGUGCUGCAAAGCCCAUGUUAUAAAAUUAACAGAGCGUCGAUCUGCAGUAGGAUGUGACGGUCGAUUUUAGAAUACCAAUGAUGUGCUGAAAGUGUCUUCAUAUUCAGGUCGAGAACCUGAGAAUAGCAGUCAUUAUUAACUGCUUAUAUCCUGUAUUAAUAAGGGAGUUAAUAUGGAACUCUGUGGUGGGAGGAAAAUAAGCACAAUUAAACGGUAUCAGUCGGAAAAUGUACCUGAUCUGCUUUCUGAUGGUGACCUUUGCAAUUCACUGUUAAAUAAAUGAAAUUGCCCGUUUUGCUUUAGCUGUGUAUGUGGUUGUUCACUUCCAUCAGACAGCUUAACAGGGCCAAAACGAGCUAAUGCACAACUGCUGUUACUUUCAUUUAGUUAAGUGUCCAUACUGUUCCUUAACGCAGGCUUUGUUAGAAGCCAUGGUGGCUGUUAAGAGUGCGUAUUGUGCUCUUCAAUCCCCUUGGAUUGGUUCAUCUUCACUUCAAUUAGCUGGUAGGGAAUACACACCACACACCAGCCAGCAUAAUAUAUCACAAUUAUACUAACUCUCGUUUCAGUCCUGGAGAAGACCAGUGGAAAUUCAGUGGAGGUGUGCCUGGUUAAUAAAAAGCCCACUAAUAAGGGCUCUGCCCUGUGCUCUGUGGUAGAGUAUUCAUCCACUUUGCACACAAGGCAGUGCCUGUAUACGCUGUGCACAUUUUAAGUCAUGUUCUCUUUGGCUUUGCAAAAUGGACAUUGAUUAAGGGGAGGAGAAUGAUGUGAGGCUAAUGUAAGAGUGCAUGUAGAGUUCUUCCUUGGAAAAAGGAAUUAAUCUCCUUUAACUACUUGAAUUUAACAUUUCUCCCAAGAGUCCUGACAGUGUGGGAUUUGCCGUUUGAAAGAUGCUCAUAGAUCUUGUGGCUACUGAGCCUUAGCUUUCACACCCUGUAAGUUAACUCCAUGCCUUUCCACCACAGCCAUUACAGAGGACUACCUUCCCAGUUUUAAAUAUUUAAGGAAUAAAACAAUUUUUUAAAGACAAAUGGCAUCAUGAAAAUACCUAAAGACAACUGCAAAGUCUAUUUUAUUUCUAUUUCAUUGUAUUUGAUUAAAGUGUGUUGUUUUUGGAUAGCCAGUAAGAAAUGGUGUCAAUCUAAUGUUAUUGAAGCUUCACUGGCCUGAAGAAUGUGCAGUAGUUUGUAGCCUUCAGACAUGCCUUAUAUUCUGACAUGCUACUGCCUCCUAGUGGUGGGUUAGUUUGUUGGUUUCCUGCUGAAAGAGGCUUACAGUACCUGAUAUGGGCAUGAUCGCUUUAUAUGGCCCUUCAGCCCAUGGUAGGGAAGGGAAACUGUUUCGAGGGAAGUUUAAGCCUCUUUAGUAUAGCCAGGCUUCUCGCGUGUUGCAGUUUGAACAUUUUUUUUGUAUGUAUUGAUAAAUAUGGACUGUUUAUCCUCCAUGAAUGAGCAGGAAGAGUCAGUGCUGUGUACACUUGCUGAGGAUCUGUGUGUUUAGAUUAGCGUAGCAUCAUAUAAUCUAAUCCUGGCUUGGUUUACUGUCAGUGUUAUCCCAGAUGAACUGCUCCAGCCUGCCGAUUGAUAAAAAGCCCCAGAAAGCUGCCCGUCCAGGACAUGUGACACAGAGGCAGUGCUUGGCCUUGCAAAGCCUCAAUUAAGUAAGAGCGGGCACAGAACAGAAAACCCUUUUUUUUUUGAAUGAGCAUCUGGCAAGCUGACACAUGUGUGCAAGAGGCUUUGGCAUGUGCGGGAAAGAGAUUUUCUCAUACAUGAACACAGCAAGAGAAUUUCAUUGAGGUUUUUUUUUUGGUUUGUUUUUAACAUGAUUUUUACAUAAUACACAUUUUUUUUAAUAGAAAAGAAAUUAUUGUGUGUUAUAAUUGUUGUAGGCCUUUGUGGGGCUGUUUUUCUUGCUCUCACUCAGUGUAGGUGAAGUCUCAGAUGUGAUAGCGUGAACAGAUAUUUCUCCACAAAGUCUCACAAAGUGUUAAACGCAAGACAAAAUACCGCACGCACAGAUGUACAGCAUAACACAAACACAGAUGCUUCACACUAAUUGAGAAAAAUGUGUUCUGCAGCCACCUGCAUCGCAGCAUCACUGUGUGUUUGGUGGCAUGUCUGAUAUUUACAAUCUGAACGCCAAAUUUGCAAAGUAUUUGUUGAUGUUGUCACAUCAGUUUUAUGUCAAAAAGCUGGCUGCUAUGUUUUGUGUUGUAAGUGCAACACAACAUUUCUGUCUUUGCCAGUCGAACAAAUAUACAGUUUCAGUUUGUGGAGCGUAGUCAUUUGUUAUUGUUAAACAGGUGUGAAUCACUGCAUCCAAAGCCAAUGCGAAAAGGCAAAACACAGUGAGGUCAGUUAGGAUUACAUGUGUGCAGUAUGAAUUACGAUCCACACCAUCAGUUGGAUUUUUUUUUAUAUACUAAAGUAAAAUUAGAAUACUACUUAAGUAGGCUAGCAAUGAUAUAAACAAAACAUAUUUAAAGUAGUUGAAGUAAAACUUUCAAGAAUCAUCUGUAUAAAUGAUAUCAUAGUAUAAUACCUAUGAAUUUAUUGAUUCAUACAUUUAAUGUUGCAGCUGUUGUUUGACCUGUUGUUACACCAUAUAUGGCUAGAUUUCUUGAUAUAUCAGCGAAAUAAUACACAUCUAAAGCUUUAAAAUAAAUAAACUACAAUAAUUGCAUCCAUCAUGUAGUGGAGUAAAAACAGGAAGCAGCAUAACACCAAGGGGAGUAUUACAUUUUUUCAAUAGGAUAUCAGUGUCUAUGAAAACAUGAUUUGUGGUCAUUAAAAAAUAUGAAAUUUAAACUUAUGUUGCUAAUUUAUUUUUCUUAAUUAAUAUUAAGUUUAAUAUUGUACAUUUGUUCAACUGUUUUAUUAUUCAUUGACAUUAUUUAUAGAUGGUCGUUGUUACAACUAAAGAAAACUAAAAAUAAACUAAAAAGCAUUAUUUAUAUAUACAUGUAUCUGUGUUGCCGCACGACAUGACAGGAUGAGGCAGAGCCAUCAUGGACAGGAGAAACGCAAUUUUGUUUGAUAUAAUCGUUCAGCUGCUUAUCACAAACAUCUAAUCAGCCACACGACAUGACAGUAACUCGGUGCAUUUAGACAUGGUCAAGAAAACCUGCUAGUAGCAACUGAUCAUCAUUUAAACACCACAGUCUAUCUGAGUAUUGUUGGUGAACAUGGCCAUUCCUUUAUGACCACGGUGUACCCAUCUUUUGCUUAUCUGCUUCCAGCAGAAUAACGCACCAUGUCACAAAGGUUUCUUGAACACAGCAGUGAGUUCACUGUACUCAAAUAGCCUCUGCAGUCACCAGAUCUCAGUCUAAUAGACCACCUUUGGGAUUUAGUGGAAAUAAAGAUGUGUAUCUUGUGCAGAUGACUGUAAAUUCAACUGUGUGAUGCUAUCAUGUUUGUAUGGCUCAAAAAGGAAUAUUUUCCAGCACCUUGCUAAAUUUGUGCCAAGAGGCAUUAAGGCAGUUAUGAAGAGAAAAGCGAGUCCAACUCAGUACUAGCACAGAGUACUUUACAAAGGAGCUGGUGAGUGUAUUUAUAAUUUGUUGUUGUUGUUUGGGUUUAAAAAAAACAAACAGGUUUUUGCAAAAGUACAAUAUCAGGUCUCUUUCAGAUUUCAGUCCCAUUCUGGGCCAUAAACAUGAGAAAAACACAGCUUCAGUUGCCAUAGAUACAAAGUGAUUACUGAGGGUCAUGACAAUAUAAUCUGGAUUUUAUGUCGUUUUGUUGCUUCCAGCUCCAGAGGGAGUCUUUCCUUUGAUUCUGCUAAAAUACCUGGAGCUGGAGGAUUCAGUUGUAUCUGUUUAAAAAAAACAAACAAAAGUUUCAGGAAUUUAUGCCCUAAAUACAUGUUUACAUGGAAGUGUAGAUUCCUUAUCUGUAGUCCUAAUCUGACAGAGAUGGGUUUUGUUUUUUUACUCUUUUUUUUUUUUUUACUGUCAGACGGAGUUGUUUGAAAUUUCGUUGUGAAAACAGGUCUCUCAUUUUAUGUACGGAUUAUUGUUUUUGUUCUGCUUUAUUUUCAUCUCUGUUAAUCCCUGGCAUGGUUCAGACUUUUUUGAAAGGUUUGACACAGCUGUGUGUUGAUGGCGACGUGGCUUUAUAGGGGUUAGUAGUAAAUCACUAAAAGGGGCAGGAGAAAGGUAAAUCUGUUUGGGUUGUGGGGAUUAAAGGCACUGUAACAAAAAAUGAGGAAAAAAAAACAAUUAUAUUAGAGCUGACAUUUUGCUCACAGAGACACUCUCUGAUGCGACUGACAUGGAAAACCUAUACAACUGCAGCUGAAUGCACGGACACCAAUGAUUUAACACCAACAGAAGCAACAUUGUCCUAUCAAGGAAGCCUUUCUUUUUAAAGCCUUUUCUUUGGUUAUUUUACUAGGAAUACUUAAAGACCAUAAAUAUUUGAGGAUUACAGACUUCUUGACCUGAAGUCAAGUCCCAAGUACUGGAUUUGGUCCAGAAACAAUGAUUCCUCCUAAACUGCUUGUGUACCGUCGUACACACAGUGAUGUAAAUUUGCAAACCCUCCAAGAGACAUGGAGGCGAAAGAAGUCUUGUGGCGAUCUUUUUCAGAAUGGAUACAGGGUGAGGCAGGGCCAUCAUGGACAGGAGAAAAAGGGAAGCCAGACAGGACUUUACUAUUCUGUUUGGUCCUGUUUACACAUUCUCUCCAACUGGGGUUUAAGAUUCCUGAGAGCACUAAGAUUGAUACAGUUCUCAGAGAUUUUGCAAUUCUUAAAUAUCUUGAAAACAAGCAAUUCCAUCAAGCUGGUGAACCUGUGUUCCAUCUUCAUAAGCACAUGGCUCACAGCUGCUGGAUUCAUACAUUUGGUGGAAAACUCAGGGGAUCCUUGGGAAAACUUCCAAAAUUCCCAGUCACUAUCAUAUUGGGAAUGUGUCUACUUGCUGAUGGUGACUAUGUCUACAGUGGGCUACGGGGAUGUCUAUGCAAGAACCACCUUGGGGCGCCUCUUUAUGGUCUUCUUCAUCCUUGGCGGUUUGGCCAUGUUUGCCAGCUACGUCCCUGAAAUCAUAGAGUUAAUAGGAAACCGCAAGAAAUAUGGUGGUUCCUAUAGUGCGGUUAAUGGGAGAAAGCACAUUGUGGUCUGUGGUCAUAUUACCCUCGAAAGUGUCUCCAACUUCCUCAAAGACUUCCUACACAAGGACAGGGAUGAUGUCAAUGUAGAAAUUGUUUUUCUCCAUAAUAUUUCCCCUAAUCUUGAGCUGGAAGCCUUGUUCAAACGCCAUUUUACCCAAGUAGAGUUCUACCAGGGAUCGGUUCUCAACCCUCAUGAUCUGGCCCGAGUGAAGAUCGAGUCAGCAGAUGCCUGCUUAAUCCUAGCCAACAAGUAUUGUGCAGAUCCUGAUGCUGAAGAUGCCUCCAACAUCAUGAGGGUCAUUUCCAUCAAGAACUAUCACCCCAAGAUCAGAAUAAUCACACAGAUGCUGCAGUAUCACAAUAAGGCCCAUCUACUGAAUAUUCCAAGCUGGAACUGGAAGGAGGGUGAUGAUGCUAUCUGCUUGGCAGAGCUGAAGGCAGGCUUCAUUGCGCAGAGUUGUCUGGCCCAGGGUCUGUCGACAAUGCUAGCCAACCUCUUCUCCAUGAGGUCCUUUAUUGAGAUCGAGGAGGACACAUGGCAGAAGUAUUACCUUGAAGGAGUGGCUAAUGAGAUGUACACAGAGUAUUUGUCCAGUGCCUUUGUAGGCCUCUCCUUCCCCAUGGUCUGCGAGCUGUGUUACGUGAAACUGAAGCUGUUGCUUAUUGCCAUUGAAUUCAAGUCUGAGCAGAGAGAGAGCAGAAGCCGAAAGCGCAUUCUCAUCAACCCGGGCAACCAUGUCAAGCUGCAGGAGGGAACACUGGGAUUUUUUAUCGCUAGUGAUGCCAAAGAAGUAAAAAGAGCAUUUUUCUACUGCAAAGCUUGUCAUGAUGACAUCACAGACCCCAAACGGAUCAAGAAGUGCGGCUGCAAGCGACUGAUUUAUUCCAAGAUGUCCGUCUACAAACGAAUGAAACUGGCAUGUUGUUUUGAUUGCGGCCGUUCAGAGCAAGACUGCUCUUGCAUGUCAGGCAGUGUACAUAGUAACAUGGACACCCUUCAGAGGGCCUACCCACUUUCCUCUGUCUCUGUUCAUGAUUGCGCAACCACUUUACGUGCCUCCAUUAGACCGUCAUUACAUCUCAUUACAGCCAAAUAUAAGUAUAACGGAUUUGUCAGAUCACCAGCAGAUGGCGCUACAACACCAGGAAACAGUGGAAGCCAUAAAGAGGCUGGCGUUCGAUUCAAAGCUGAUUGCAAUAUAGUCGAAGACGAGCAUCCGUCAACGCUCUCGCCCAAAAAAAAGCAGCGCAACGGAGGGAUGCGAAACUCACCCAACUGCUCGCCCAAAAUGAUGAGUCGACACGAUCCCCUUCUAAUUCCUGGAAAUGAACAAAUUGAGAAUAUGGACAUGAACGUGAAGAGGUAUGACUCGACAGGGAUGUUUCACUGGUGCCCUUCAAAAGACAUCGAAAAAGUCAUCCUGACCCGGAGUGAAGCCUCCAUGACAGUGCUAAGCGGCCAUGUAGUGGUCUGUAUAUUUGGGGAUGUCACGUCCGCUUUAGUGGGGCUGCGAAACUUGGUGAUGCCUUUAAGAGCCAGCAACUUCCAUUACCACGAGCUAAAGCCUAUAGUUUUUGUGGGCUCGCUGGAUUACCUUCGGAGAGAGUGGGAAACUUUACACAACUUCCCCAAGGUCUCCAUCUUACCUGGUACACCAUUAAGUCGGGCAGAUUUAAGGGCUGUCAACAUCAACCUCUGCGACAUGUGUGUAAUACUGUCAGCCAAUCAGAACAAUAUCGAAGAUGCGUCUCUGCAGGAUAAGGAAUGCAUCUUGGCAACACUCAACAUCAAAUCUAUGCAGUUUGAUGACAGCAUUGGGGUCUUACAGGCUAAUUCCCAAGGUUUCACGCCUCCUGGAAUGGACAGGUCAUCUCCAGACAGCAGUCCAGUACAUGGCUUCGUGCGUCAGGCAUCUGUCACCACCGGAUCCAACAUCCCCAUCAUCACAGAACUAGCUAAACCUGGCAAACUACUGCCAUUGGUUUCACUCAGUCAGGAAAAAAAAAGUGGAACCAGCAUACAAAUGAUAACAGAGCUGGUGAACGACUCAAACGUUCAGUUCCUGGACCAAGAUGAUGAUGACGACCCAGACACAGAGCUGUACCUCACUCAGCCCUUCGCCUGCGGCACCGCCUUCGCUGUCAGUGUACUCGACUCCCUGAUGAGUGCGACAUACUUUAAUGAUAAUAUCCUCACGCUGAUUCGAACGCUGGUAACAGGGGGAGCCACGCCAGAGCUGGAGGGCCUGCUGGCUGAAGAGAAUGCUCUCAGAGGAGGCUACAGCACACCGCAAACUCUGGCCAACAGAGACAGGUGUCGCGUCGCCCAGCUAGCCCUCUACGACGGGCCAUUUGCUGACUUAGGGGAUGGCGGCUGCUACGGAGAUUUAUUCUGCAAAGCACUGAAGACAUACAACAUGCUGUGUUUCGGAAUCUACAGAUUAAGAGAUGCACAUCUCGGUGCACCAAGCCAAUGUACAAAACGGUAUGUGAUCACAAACCCUCCAUACGAAUUUGAACUGGUGCCCACCGACCUGAUCUUCUGCCUAAUGCAGUUCGACCACAACGCCGGCCAGUCCCGGACAAGUUUGUCCCACUCUUCCCACUCCUCCCAUUCCUCCAGCAAAAAGAGCUCAUCCGUGCACUCCAUCCCCCCAUCGAACCGGCAGAACCGCAGCAGCAAGACCCGGGAGUCCCGCGAAAAACAGAAUGCAACAAGGAUGAAUAGAAUGGGCCAAGAAAAGAAAUGGUUUACAGAUGAACCAGAAAAUGCCUACCCAAGGAACAUUCAGAUCAAGCCCAUGAGCACUCACAUGGCCAACCAAGUCAACCAAUACAAAUCCACUAGUAGUCUGAUUCCACCAAUCAGAGAAGUUGAAGAUGAAUGCUGAACACCAGGCUUUCUUGCUGACUCACCAGACAUCUGUACGCUCUUUACGAAAGAGAUUGGAAGAGAUCACCAAAGGAGGGAUGAUGAUGAUGAUGAUGAUGACAGAGGUGGUGAAGAUUGACACAUUUCUCCUCACUCAUUCUUCUAAUUGAGGGUUGGACAGGAACCCAGACUGGGAAGGGACCUCCUAUGUGUAUAUGUUUAAUGUUACUUCCAUGCUCUUGGACAUUUGUUUUAUUUAUUUAUGUGUCCAUAGAAAUGUACAUAAUGACAAUCAAAUAAGGAUUGUACAGCUCCUUCCCUCUAGCACUUUUUGGAAUUAUUUUGAGAGUUGAUGGAAAAAAAAAAAGAAGAGUACUUCCUGUAAUUCUUUGCAAUAGUUCACCUCUUCAUGUGACCAGACUCCAUGGCUGAGGUGACUGGUUAUUGGAGGAUGAGGGUUGCAGCGAUAAACUGAUCAUAUCAUCUCCCAAAGAUUAACUCAGUUGCGUCACAUCAAACCGGCUGGGUUCAUCGCCGUCAUAUCUCCCGUCUGCUUCUGUUCUAUUUGCACUAAAACUGAACAAGUUUCUUUCCACAGAACAACUGGAAACAUCAACACCCCCCACCUCCCCACGCCACCUCUGAGUAAAGAGUCAUUGAGGAGAUGACGGAGGAAGGGCUGCUCGGCUUUGGAGGCAUACUAAUUUUGUUCUCAGUUUGUUACUCAUCGUGUCAUUGCUUUAAGGUUUUUCUGUUUCACCUUGACUCGCCAUGUUGAGUGAGAUCAAUCCAGGCCUGAAAACAAAAAACAAAAGAAAAGGAAAUCAAAUAUUGCAAAUUGGUAAUCUAAAAACUCGAGACAAUGGUGCAGUGUUGGUGCAUGCUGGCUGGAAGGAGAGCCCGAGUCUUCUGCUGAUGUGUCAGAUACCUGUGCUUGAGCCCAGUAGAUAUCGCGGUUAAUCAGCCUGAAUACAUGAAAAGGAUAAAAAAAAAAACCCAACAACAACAAAACCUGCUCUGUCCUUCAUGCAUUCAGGUUUAUGUAUAAACUGUGUGUAUGUGUGUGUCGUAUUACAGCCACUUGUCCUUCUGAUGCUGCACUGUCACUCCCCACCAACACUGAUUUGUAUGUGAUGAAGCACCUUUGAGGGAACAGCAUGUUUGGAAAAAAAAAAAAAAAAAAGAGUCAUAAUAGACACAAACAGUAGGAGAUCAUAAAUCACUUGGAUAUUCUAACAAAGGCAUUGAGUUGCAUCCAAAACCAAACCAAAAUAGCCAACUAUGAUUGAGCGUAUCUAACAUGAACAGCAGCUGCAUGGCGUUAUAACUGUAACAGCACUGGGAUCACUCAGCAAAGUGGUGUAUUGCCUGUAACAUAAAGUUAAUAUAUGAGGAAAGAAAUGCCACAUAUUGCGUAAUAGUGGGCAUCAGUGGGUCCUCCUUUGAUCGGAGCAACUGCCUGGCACGGGGUUGGCACAGAGGCAGUAAAGAGCUUGGAUGUUCUCUGUUGCCAACCCAGAUGUUGCACGCCAAGCUGCUGUGUUCAGUCCUCGAACACGAGGAAAUGCUCAAGCAUAGUUGGUGGAAAUGCAACAAAUGCCACAGGCAUAAGGACAAGGAAGUGGAACGUGCUCGGGUGCAACAUGAGUGUAUUUUCUGUAUGCUAACGCGCCUAUAUAUCCAAAUGAGGCUGCUGCAUGGACGGAGGAUUGACCCGGUAGCCUCGUACUCCUAAUGGUCAACCUUGUCCAAGAAAAAAAAAAAGUAGUGGGAUUUAUACAUUUCAGCAUAAUUAUUUUAUAUCCAUAAACAUAAUCAAUUUGUACUUAUUUUUCUAGUCAAGAGCAAAGUUAAAAGUACUUUAGGAGAAGACUGAAUUGAUAUAUUUAAUUACAACUACAUAUCAAAAGAUUUUAUGUUGGACUGUCACUUUGUCACGUAUACUAAAACAAAUGAUUAUUUUUUUAAUCACCCUAGCCCCUCUCUGACAGACUGCAUCACUCUGGAGCUAACAUAGCUUAGACUAGCUUGCAUUGUGAAAACAUCUUCAGCUUGGCAGCUCAGCUCUGUUGAGUGCUUGUAGAAAUAAAUUUAGGCUAAUCGGAAGCCUCCUUUGGUUGCACAGAUGCAGUGUCUACUAAAUAAUGUGUCUACUACUAAGCGUCCCUUGCUGAGAACAUGCAUAAAGGGAAGAAAGGCGUAAAGGAGUUGUGUUUUGGGGGAGGGGGUAAAUGUACUUAACUAAGCAGUGGAUUAGAAUGGUUAAUAAUGACGGGAUGAAUAGAAAGUUUCUCCCACUGUCUGCAGACCAGAACCGAACGACCUUUAUUAGAUGACUGUGACCUAAAUUAGGUCCCUAGCAUGGAGUAGGAGUGUGUACACUACCACAAAGUGUGCUGGUAUUUUCCACAGAAUAUGACCGGGAGACGCUGUUUGUUUAUUGCAGCGAUCCUGCUCUAUAGAUUGUAAAGAGAACGUCAUUCUGAAAAUAGAAAACAAUUUUGGAAAAUGGAAAAGAUGAUACUGUGCUAAAUAUGUUUGUGUAAACUCAACCCAUGAUAUAGAUGACAUUUCUUUCUCAAUCAAAAUGAUCUGAGCCUCAGUGUCCGUCUUUUGGGUGUGGUACAACUAUGCUGAAGCCUCAUACACAUUGUCCUGAAGUGAACUUUUGACCUGUGAUUACAUCGUUGUCACACAUUGUAGCAAAUAGGUUUCUUUUUGGAAAAAUAUGUGAGUAAAAUGUACGUAUAAUUGGGUUGUUAACGCCAUACUUUCUAGCCUGAACUUUAAGGAAUUAAUAUUUGGUAACGUCGGUCGCUCACUCUACAUAAAAAUCGACAAACUGAUUGUUCUGUUGAGAAAAAAAAAAAAGAUGAAUAUGUAUCUCAAAAAAAUAAAAGAUCUUGGUUUAUUGUAGGAAUGCGGAGACUAUUCAAGUACUGUAUGUGGCACAUGGAUAGGUUAGGCAGAAUUUGAUCAGCCAUCACGAAGAUGAAAGGUAGCACCAAUUCAGCAAUUAUCGAAAGACAGGACAUCCUUCGUUUUCCUGUUUCUAUUACUUUGCUUUGUAUCAGGGUUUACAUUCCAUUUUGUCAGCUCAUCAUUAUCUAUCACAAACUGUCACAACUGCUUCUUAUUUGUUUACAGAAUAUUUUUGAGGCACUUAAACAUAGCAAAGUGGUACAUGCUGCAAACCGGCAUAAACUCGAAAAGUAAUGCACCAUUUACUUUCAUUAUACUUGAUUACUGUGCUUUUUUUUUUUUUUUUUUUUUUUUAGACCUGAGCCCUCAUUGCACAACUCAUUCAGGCUGGCAUUACUCACAACACUGGACUGAGAUUUCUCUCCUUCCUACAUCUUUUCAGAUGUUCUUUGCAUUGUAUACCUCUAAAGUUUUUGGAGUGUUUUUUUUUUAAAGUGCCAUGAAGAGUUCAGUUGAGCAGGCAUCCUUCAGUCAUUCAGGGACACAGGCUUCCUUUAAGGGAGUCCACGUGUUUUCCACUGUGAGAAUAAAGUCUUGUACUGACAUGGAGAACAUCCAAGCCAUCAAUGCCUCCAUGCCAGUAUAGUGCCAGGCAGUGCAGGAGGUCAAGAGGAGGGCCCAUAUUAAGUCCCACUAAAGCGAAAAGUGGCAUACAGGAGGCCCGAGGGGCUGAUGGGGCAGAUGGAUACAAGCUUCAGUCAAUAAAUCACACAUGUCCUAUCUGCCACAUGCUUUGUUAAAGGUUAGCAGGUUGUGUCAUACAGUGUAAUGAGAUAUGGAUGACUGAAAGAUGCACAGAUGUGUUGUUAUCCACUGAACAAAUCAAAAGACUGACACGUCAUAUGUUACUGUUACAGUAUGUUGCAUUAAUUUUGUUAAUCUAUUUUUUUGCUGUAAAGGAUGGAAAUAGAAACUUAUUUGCUGGGAAAUGUACUAGAUAUAUAAUAGAACAUAAAAUACUUAUGGGGAUAGGAGGUGGGUCUCAAGUCUUAAUAAUACAUGAAAACUGCAUUCAGCAUUUUCUUUUAAAGAAAACUUGCUUUUUUUGGCUGCCUAUCAGUUCAGGAAGAAUUCAAGAUAUUGCUCUUGUUUAUCACAGAUAGGAUUUCUUAGUACAUCAUCAUUGAAGCAAACGGAAGUUUGACACAGCAGUCUAAUUAGUUUGGAUGCGUUCAAGAUGUGAUGGAUAAAUGGAUUAUUUGAUGGUGCUGAGUUGAUCUACCUGACUCUGUCAAAUAUAAUCUGCUGAUAAAUAUACUGUCUUGUACAAAAAAAUUGUACAUAGAUUGUACAUGGUUUCUUUUUGUAUUUUUUCUCAAAUUAAAAUGGAUGUAUUUGUGUUCUAAA